AUUUUCGAAUAUUGGUUAAGAGAUGCCUUCCAAAAGUUACUUCAGCCCCUUUUUUGCAGCCCUUAAUGGUAGUUCCCCUCUUAAGAUAGACAGUUUUGUGAUAUUUUAAAUGUCCCUACACUUUUGUUUUUUCUCCAUGUUUUAACAUGGAGAGACUCGAGACUCCGUGCUGGUUUAGUUGAAGAAGCCAUGGCAUUCUUCACACCGGAAAGUGGUACUGACCCGUGUAUACUGGAGUACAAAGCAGAUUUCGGGUACCGGCCAGGUGGACCAAUUCCUGCCAAUUCAUGAGCCAAUUCUGCCACUGGAGCAUUAUUUUCGAAAUGGGUAAUUAUUCCCACUUGCGACGCCUUUUACAAAUUUCACAUGUCAGUGCUAUUUGAAUUGGGAAAUAUAUUUUGAAAUAAAACCAUAACAGCGAGAAUGCUCAGUCUGAGGAAUGGAAUCUUCGCGGGCAAUCUUCUCGGCAGCGGCUUUUGCCUUCAGCGAUUUGCGACCUGUGCUUGUCGCUCUUCGCGAAAGCCUCGGGCGGGAAACUCCCCGAAGAACCCAUUCAAGCAACUGAACAAUGACUCGGAGGAGCAGAAGCGCAUAUCGGUCCUGAUGAAGCUGGGGUGUCAAUGUCCUCAGAAGUCGCAAAAGGAGCGUUGGUUCUCUACCAACCAGCGCAUUAUUCUGGCCCUGGCCACGGCCCUGAAUCGUCCGCCGGAUUUGGUGUCUGACUUUUUGCACACACUGACCCUCCAGAACUUUGCAAAAAUCCUAUAUCCCGCUGGGACCUUGGGCCCCUCUUGUAAAGUUCCCUAUGUGAACUGCUUUGCCUGUGAAAAUUUUAUGAGAAUUUUCGAUACUCAUGGAAACGUAAGGAGCCGCUUUAAUCAAGACUCACUGCUGCUACUAAUGCGCACCGUGCAAACUGUUUUAAAGCAAUCUCCACACAAGGAGCUCCGCGCAACUGACGCAGGCUUUAGCGGCCAACGUGGCACAACUAAAAGGGAUUCCAGAGCGCGUAGAGCUGGCAUCGAUCGCGAUUCUAUCGCUCAUCAAAACGGCAGGAGGCGAUUAAAAAACUCGGAAGCAAGGGCCUCAGAAAAGAGAAGCUAUCUUAACACGGGGCUGGAACAACGACCAGUAGAAGAUCCUGGAUAUGUUUUCGGGUCAAGCCUUGAAUCCGCCGGCCUAGAUGUUAUGUACACGCCCGAUUGGGCGCUUGAGGAUUCAUUUAUCUUAGAGCGGACCAGGCGUCUCGCCAAAUUGCUUUUUCAGGUGAAUGAUAAGACUUACCUAACGCGCGAUACCGAGAAACUAAUAACUGCCAUCAAAGAGCUCAAAUUGAAUGGUACUGUUACUAAUCCAAAACAGCCCUCAAGUCAUACCAGCAUUGCUAAGCGAAUUUCCGAUUCGUACUAUGAAAGGGUCAAGGCCUCUGCAUCGAAAGCCCUUCAUAAGAGCUAUUUGCCCCGCGGCUCGAGGAAAAGAAAAAAAGCCAGUGAUAGUGAGGCAGUUCCUAAGCAGUCCACGAACCGACAGUACUAUGGCGAUCCGCUUCCGGUGCUCCUGCACGAACCGUUUAAUCGGGAAAAGCCGUGGACAUGGCUACGCCGCCAUCCCCACCAGAUGCGAAUGGAUGGAACAGGUAAGGUGACACAGGGAAGUAUCCGUCGCUACCGGCGCGACACGAUAGAGCAGCUGAUGCAGACGGCCAAGGAGCGAUCUUCGGUGAUCACUGUGAUUUCCAUGGGUGAUGAUAACGCAGCAGCGAAAGCGCAGCCCAUGUUUGGCCAGAAAGCAUCUAGGAACUAGACAGACUAGAGUGGACUCCCCGUUUCCCAGAUCGUGGAUUAACAAAAUUUACAUAAAAAAAAUUAUAUGUGGCGAUCCAAAAGCGAUCCAUAAACCUUCAUAGUCUAUGAGUAAUUAAAUAAUGAAGAUUUAUAAUACUUACAUAACAAAAAAUUUAAAUAUUUACAUUUUUCCAUUGCAUUCUGGAAAUGUCCAUCAAAGAUGUGUUUUUAAAGUGCAAGCUUCUGAAACUUAAAUAUUCAAAUACAAAUUUAAAUGAUGUGCAGAUCGCAGUGCCUCUUCAGUUAAUAUCCGAAGUUUGAAGUUAAAGCUCGCUUAUGUGAUCGAAAUAACCUUUUCGAUAAUGGGCCAUCAAAUGGCAUUGGAAAUAUGCCUUAUGCUAAUAUCACCACAACUGUGCCAUUAAAUCAUUUUGAUAAUGUCACCCGAGGGCCAGAGACCCCAACUAAAGAAGUCUCCUGCCUAUCGGGCGCUACGAAUAUUAUUUUUAGACCGCCCCGCCGUACCGCUUCUUGGAAUAUUUUUGUGAUUUGAGUUUUAUGACCUGUAGUAAUUUGUUGGCUCGUUAAGUUUCUUUAAAAGACGGGAGGCAGGGGAAAGAAGAUUCGACGCGGAGCAAACCGUUCGCUGCGUAUUCAAAUGAUCUUGCAUUUCGCCUUGCUCUCUGGCCAAUAAAAUUCCAACAUUUUUUACGACCAGCAAUGGGAAAUCCAGCCGAAAUGCUUUUAUUGCACCAGAAACACUCAAUAAAGGCGAAUUAUUAGUGUUGGA